CACCAGCAAGUUAACUGUUAAGGGGCUUGAGGACCUCCACCAGAACAAACUGCCCCUCAGGUAGUAGGCAGGGCAGGGGGAGGCAGGUUGACCGCUCCAGAUAAAAGGGCUGGGCUCCAAAGGUCAUCGGGCAGCCAACCACUGAGACAGGUGGGUGGGUUCCUUGGGCCCUGGCCUUCUGUAUAAGUACCGGCGAGCUAACCGAUUGCGCCACUGGAGCUCUGGGCCCUGGCCUUCUGAAGGAGGAGAAUGGGGUGUGGACAUUUUUAUGCCCUGAUCUGGGCCCCUUUUUGACUGUGGAGUUGGUUGACCCCUAGUGACAUGGGGUUCCACCUUUUACACUUAGAUUGGGACUCUGCCAAGGCAGGAAGAAUUGUAACUAAGGAGUACCCCACCCUAUUCGCUGACUGGCCCCUGUACAGGUGGCCUGGCUUGAUUUUGCAACUGCAGGCCAGAAUGCUGAGUAAAUACUUCUUGAUGAUGAGCCUAGUAAACUGCACAGGGGCUUCCCUGGUGGCUCAGUGGUAAAGAAAAUGCUUGCAAUGCAGGAGACUCAGGUUGGAUCCCUGGGUUGGGAGGAUCCCCUGGAGAUGGAAAUGGCAAUCCACUCCAGUAUUCUUGCCUUGGGAAGUCCCAUGGACAGAGGAGCCUGACCAGUAAGUCCCUGGGGUUGCUAAAGAGUCAAAUACAACUUAGCAACUAAAGCACAGUAGAGCACAUAAAAAUCUUUGAACAGUUGCAAUAAAGUCCCACCUAGAGGAAGAACGUAAAUGGGCCAGUUACAACUUAAGGAAUUUAGAGACUGAGUGUGCUAUUCAGUGUAAUUGAUUUGUUACUGAAAAUGCUGCCAUGGUCAAAGUGUAAUUUUUGGUAAAAGGGAAAUUUUAGUUUUAAACCAGGUCUUCAAAGGGUGAAGUAUAUCGACGAAGGAAAAGAGAAUUCUGAAGCAAACCACAGGUGUUCAGUUAAACUGACAGCCUGAAUAAUUUAUUUUCAUUUACAUCUCUUUGCACAGAGUUAAAUUAACAGCUAUGGAACAUGUCCAAAUUAGACCUUUGGUUUAUCCCUAAAGUGGUGUAUGAAAAUGAUACAGAUGAUGGAGAAAAGUUGGUCAUUAUAUAAUUAGAUUUCUUAGAAUGUUCAGAAUAUAUUUUGUCUUAUAUGGAAAAACGGGACAUCACAGUGUUUUAUAUCUUGCUUAAUCAGAGCCCAGUGUCUUUUAUUAGGGGUCACAAACUUGUUGAAUAUCGACAACCAGGAAUCUGACUCUAAAUGGAAUUGCAUAUGGGGCAUACUCUGCCCACAGAGAAGAAUUUAGUGUGGGGUAGGAGUGUAAGAUGAUUAAGCAGAGUCCAUAGGCUGAGGCGACACAGAAGCAUCUUGGUGUGAGCCUUUCUUUGUGUCAGUCGAUCUUGCCAGGACCCUCUGAACAGCCCCUUUCGUGCAGGUCCGCAGGGAGCUGGGUGUGGGCCAGUGGUGUGCCCUGGGACCCACUCCACUGGGCUCUUUAUUAUGACUUUCCUAGGUACUGCCUACCGAACUCUCUUUACACAAGCUGUGCUUUUGUUUGCCAUGUUUGUGUUACCAAGGUCAGCUAGAGUUUAAAAACCAAGUGGACUUUGUGAUAGAUGGAGAUCUUGGCCCAUCAUCAGGCCACCCUGUCCAUGUGGCAGGACUGAUGUCCUCAAGUCUGGGUGCCUGGCAGUGGGCUUGGUUGGGAGGCAGACACUGCUUUGGGAUCCAGAUCUGCUUGAGGGGUUAAUGACAAGCUCCCUGGAGCGGGACUGGAGCGGGGGGAGGUGGGGGUGAGCAGGAGCCCCAGGCUGUAGAUGGUGCUGCUGUCCCUGGUAGCUUGUGGGCUAGAGCCCACAGGUGUUCCUGACACCACUCCAGUCCUCCCUCGUGAGAUUGUCAGCUGAAGCAAUAGUCCCCCACACUGGGUGAAGCUGAGAUGUGUGUUAAAGGAUUAUGUCCUCUCCAUAGGCCCACCUGGGGAGACGGCAUGGUAGAGUGGGAAUAAGGAAACUAGUGAUGGCUUGGAAUCACAUUUUGACCAAUUUUACUGAGGUACCACUGAAGUCCACUAUGCUGUACAUGUUUAAAUCGUGUGAUUUGAUCAGUCUUGAUGUGUGUAUAUAGCCCUGGAACCAUCACCACCUUCAGGAUAGAAACAUCCCCACUAUCUACUUGUGGGAAACCAGUGUUUCUAUGGUGACCUCUUCUAGCAGCUGAGUGGCCUCACACAAUCCAGAUCCUGGGCCCCAGCUGUCCCAGAAUCCACAUCCAUGAAAAAGUAGGAGUCAGGGGAAGGGGUCCUUCCCAGAGCUGACAUUCUAGGAGCUGAUGUGUAAUAGAACUGUCUUUUGAAGCGUUGAGACCAGUGGUUCCUAAAGGGAUUAGGUGAGUGAUAGGUCCUGUGUAGUUCAGAAGAGCAUAUUCAAUAUAUUGUUUUCAUAACAGAAAAUAAAAUCUUACAGUCUUUGUGGGGUGGGGAGAUAAAACAGAUGAUGGUGUGAAAAGUGAGGGACCUGGAUUAAAAUGGCUCAAGAGAUCACUUAAGUGUUAGUCGCUCAGUCGUGCCGACUCUUUGCGACCCCAUGGACUGCAGCCCACCAGGCUCCUGUGUCCAUGAGAUUUUCUAGGCAAGGAUACUGGAGUGGGUUGUCAUUUCCUUCUCCAAAAAAUAUCACUUGGGAGAGAGUUAUUCUUACAGUUUGACUUUCAGGACCUUGGCCUCAAACUAAAAGUUCUUUCCUUACGUCGGUUUAAAUUUUUCAUCUGGAAGUUCUGGAUCAUUUUCUCUUGAAAAUGAUCAGAGUGAUAUUGCAAGGAAACAAUAUUAAAACAACAGAGGAAAUUAUGAAAAUAUUGAGCUGGCAAUCAAUUUUUGUCUUCAGUCAGACAUUCCAGAGUUCCUCUCCGACUGGUAAAGCAUGCAGGAGGAGUCAGGAGGCCCGUUUGUGUACAUACAGGAAUGGUGGUUUGUGUACAUAAAGAAGGCGAUGCUGGAGGACAGUUCUGUCUGAAAAAGGCAGCAGUGAUGCUGACGCUGGCAAGCAAGCUGAAGCGGGAUGACGGUCUCAAAGGAUCCCGGGCGUCAGCCACAGCCUCUGACUCCAGUCGGCGGGUGUCUGUGAGGGACAGGCUGCUUGUUAAAGAGGUUGCAGAACUUGAAGCUAAUUUACCUUGUACGUGUAAAGUGCAUUUUCCUGAUCCAAACAAGCUUCAUUGCUUUCAGCUAACUGUCACCCCAGAUGAGGGUUACUACCAGGGUGGAAAAUUUCAGUUUGAAACUGAAGUUCCUGACGCAUACAACAUGGUGGCAGAGGCCAGCCAGAGCCGUGAGCUCACGGCAGGGCGAAGAGGGCAGCCCUGUUCCCGAAGACGUGAGGUGUCGUGCUUCAUAGAUACAGAGCCUCCCAAAGUGAAAUGCUUGACCAGGAUCUGGCACCCCAACAUCACCGAGACUGGUGAGAUAUGUCUCAGCUUACUGAGAGAACAUUCGAUCGACGGCACCGGCUGGGCCCCCACAAGGACGCUGAAGGAUGUUGUUUGGGGAUUAAACUCUUUGUUUACUGAUCUGUUGAAUUUUGAUGAUCCACUGAAUAUUGAAGCUGCAGAACAUCAUUUGCGAGACAAGGAGGACUUCCGGAAUAAAGUGGAGGACUACAUUAAGCGCUACGCCAGAUGAUACGGGGCGAGGACUGCAGGGCCGCGGACUGUGCGUGAGAAGAUGGGCUCCACCCGCAACCAGAGGGAGCCUCUCUCCGGUCCUCGGCUCCCCUCAGUCCCGCCGGCUCAUCCGAGUCUUGUGACCAUGUUGUCCUGAGGAAGAACCUCUUCACGACCGCCCAUUGUAGCCGGAGAGUUCCACAUAAAUACAGCCAGAAAAUGUGUCUGGGGUCCUAAAGAGUUGUCUGCUUACCUUAACAUGUUUACUUUUUUGAAACUGUACUGUAUAGGCUGUUGAUGAGAAUGAACUCAGCGUCGAGGCUAGAGCUGCUUCUCCCCUCCCCCGUCAGUCCCGCGCAGGUGAUGCUCAUGACGUGCUCAGUGUAGCCCGCAGAUUGGCCGUCAGAAACCCGCUGCAAACUGUGAUUGGUGCGAAGUCUCUUAGCUCCUCCCACGAAUGUCGGCCCUGCCUAGGUGUCGUGAAGCUUCCCAGAAUGCAGAGUCAUUCACUGUAGAUCUCUUACUGAAAUGCGUAUUUUAUUUAAUGUAAGUAUAUUUUGGAACAGAUUUGUAAUUUGUACAAUUCAAUGCUUU